AUGGUCACAAUGUACGACGGACAGGAGGAGCUUGAUAACCUGGUUUGGGACAACAACGACGAAGAGUCGGAAGAGUCGAUCAAACAGUUGCGACACAAAGAUACUUGCCGAAAGGUGGAAGCGUUAGCGGAGCAAAAGUUAGGCGAACCAUCAUCCUUGGUAUCACCCUUGAUUCUCGGUGGUUUCAACAUAUUGUAUAGAAUACGCCGGGCAAACACGUCUCCCGAUGUCAUGGUCCGUCUGCCCUGUCCCGCUCUCGUUCAAUUUCCGGAUGAGAAGACGAAGCAGGAGUUUGCUACAGCCGCAUUUGUUGCUCAGAAUACCGACUUGCCGAUUCCCAGGCAUCUCUUUUAUGGCCAAGAUUCAGACAUUGGUCCGUACGUCAUUAUGGAACGCGUCGAGAACAAUGGCAGCAUGUCAGCGAGACUGACGCGACCGAACGAAGAUGCCUCAGCUCCUCACGUUUUGGAUGCCAACGUUUCGGAAUCCACUCUAGAGAACAUCUGGGGCCAAGUAGCGAAAUGUCUCCUGCAGCUGUCUAGACUCACUUUCCCACGCAUUGGCUCCCUAAUGGAGGCUAACGAAGCCGUGUAUGAUGUAGCUGGCCGGCCGAUAUCACAUAACAUGGCCGACAUGGUUCGACUUGCCAAUGUUCCUCGAGAAGUUCUACCUCCAGCAGGCACAACAUAUACGACAGCAGAUGAAUGGUAUACCGCACUCGCAGAAAUGCACAUCGCACAACUAAUUUUCCAGCACAACGACCUCGUUACGUCAGAGGACGACUGCCGAAACAAAUAUGUGGCGCGUCAGAUAUUUCGUAGGUUGGCGAAGCAAGGACGCUUUUCUACCUUUGGCUUUCUUGAGGACAAUUGGUCUGCUCAGUCGAGAAAGCUUCCAUCUUCGUCCCUUUGUCCAGCCCCUUCCAACUCGGACUCAUUUAGGCUUUGGGGCGAUGACUUCCGAGCAGGCAAUAUUCUUCUCACCGACUCAGAUAAUAUUGCCGCUCUUAUCGAUUGGGAAUAUACGUAUGCAGCACCAACACAGUUCAUUCUCGAUCCGCCUUGGUGGCUGCUAAUAGAGACUAUUGAGAUGUGGUCAUCCGGUAUGGACGAUUGGAUAGACACAUACAAUGUGCGGCUAAAGACUUGGUUACUUGCUAUGGAAAAGACAGAAAGAGAUAUAAAAGAGCCUAAUUCCUUGGCAGAGCCGUUAUCGAGGUACAUGCGCGAGAGCUGGGAGACUGGUCGAUUUUUCCUGAGCUAUGGAGCUAGAAAAAGCUGGGCAUUUGACGCAAUGUACUGGAAGUUCUUGGAUGAGAGAUUCUUCGGGCAACGUGAGAGUAAUAUCUCUAAGAGUGAUCUCUGGAAGACGAGAAUUCACUUGUUGACUGACGAAGAGAGAGCGGCGAUGGAGCCUUUUGUUGAGAAGAAGAUGGCGGAGAUGAAAGUGCGGCGCAUUGUGCAUUGGGAUCCUGUGGACGCGAAAAAACGGCUCUCAGAACUCCUAUUCGAUUGA